AAGGCAGUUGACUUACAAAAUCCAUAGCCGUCGGUCUGGCACUCUGGCUAGUGUCGCAUUCGAUAUACAGUAACCACUCCUUGUUAACGGACUAUAACAGCGUAAAGGCACCAAAUCGCGUGUGAUUCCGUCUGAACGUGCAGUUUACGUAGUAGCUUAUCAAGGAUAACCCCAAAACAAAAUGUUUCGCUUCCUCGCAUUAACCACACUCGUGACCCUGGCAGUGGGCCAGAACUAUCACCAGGAUCCCAAGACGGCGGCCAUCAUCAGUGAGCAGCGCUAUUUGUCGGGCGAUGGUAAAUUCGGUGCCGCCUACACACAGGAGGAUGGCAUCAACUUCAAAGAGGAGACAGACUCCGAUGGCACGCGUCACGGUAGCUACAGCUACGUUGAUCCCUCUGGACAGCGUCGCACCAUCUCCUACACGGCGGGCAAGAAUGGAUUCCAAGCGUCUGGCGACCAUUUGCCAGUGGCCCCACCCGCACCACCACAGCCCGUGCCCACCGCCGGCUAUCAGCCGCAGUCGCAGUACCAGCCACAGCAGUACCAGGCCCCCGCACCCCAGUCCUCGUACCGUAGCAACGACUACGAUGACGGCUCGUACGAUCCUCGCUACAAUGACCCCGCCUUCGGCCAGCAGCAGCAGUCCUAUCAGCAGCCCGCUCCUCAGCCACAGUACCGUCCGGCGCCCGUGCAGCCCGCUUACAACCCGGUUCCACAGCCUGCCUAUCAGCAGCCCGCUCCUCAGCCGCAGUACCAACAGCCACAGCCACAGUCCUACUAUACGACGACCACGCCCAAUCCCCACCGUUUCUCGCCGCCCGGCAAGCUCUCGCUGAACCGCACACCCGACGGUUUCACCUACUCGUUCAACAAGGUCUAAGCGCUGGAGAGAGAACUACAUAGAUUGAGCUUGUUUCUAUUGUAAUGUUACGUAAUCUUUCAUUUAUUCACACCCAACACGAAACACUCUUCUCUCACUCUGUCCUCUCUCUCUCUCUCUCUUCUCUAUCUCUGUAACUGGCUGACUCUUGCUCUUUCCUUUCUUAAACUCUGUCAGCCACUUACUGCUGUUCCAGUUCUUACCUUCAUCAAAACUCUUUUGUGAUAUGUUUAAGAAAGAAAGUAAAAGUGUUGCAAACAUUCUGCAGCAGCUUAACCUUUACCUAUAUAUAGAUAUAUAUAUUUAUAUAUGAUUGUCGUACCUCCUAUCUACGAAUCUGUAUGUAGUAUGUCUAGCAGUUUUUGUUUGUAAUUUAUAAAUAACUACUUCUCAAUGCUGUUAAAUCCAACUCCACUCUCCUAAUGUGAAGCGAAACAAAUAAAUUUGUAAGUGUGUUUGCGGUCAAAGAUGAUGAAGAAGAAGACGUUGAUCAAAUGAA